CCUGACCAAGAAGCACAGCUCUUUGAUCAGCUCUUCAUGAAGCAGGUGCCAUCCAUUGCUGCAUCCUGUGUCCGCUCAUUAGGAGCUGCCUUCGUUACUAACAAUGCAUGUCAGCUGGGCCUGAAGUCCUGGAGCUGGAGCCUCAGCAGCAAGAGGAGGCAUGAGACAAGGGUUUUGUAGCUGGGUGUAGAGCCCUUCACUGCCAGUUUAUACAAAGGAUGUCUUGUAGUGACGGUGCAGUCUGGUGAGCAGAAGGUACAGCCCAGAAGUGAAGUGGGUGCAUCAAAUCGAUGAGCUUGUGCUAGCAUCUCAUCUGAAGAGCCCCCUGGAUGACCUGCCCUGGAGGUGAUGUCCCCUCAGAGCUCACGUCCAUGUAAAGGACAAGGAGCUGCUCCUUGUCCCCAGCUCAGCUGUACAGCCAGGGCAGGGCUUGGCUUCACACGUGCAGAAUGUCAGGCUUCUUGUCCUUGUUCCCACAUGAGGCAAUGAUUUAUAGCAUAGAGAGCGUGUAGACUCUAAGAAAGCAACGUGCUCUGCAAGAAUGUUGGCCGCGAUGCUGCUCUUCCAUUGUAGGGCAAUUGCUCUUUACGAGGAUUGGAAAGCGAGAGACUUUGCGCGUUAAUACAGAUCAUUAAUUACAGCCUACUGUUUCACAGCUGAUUUGGAGCUGCCCGAAGAGAGGUCGAGUCGUUUUGUCCUGCUGUGCAGAGAAGUGAUGUAAAAUACUAAGAGUGGGACAGGGCGCGAGGGUUCUCGGAUGCCAGGAACAGCAGGCUGAUGGUGCAAGGACUGUUCCUCCUCGGCCAUGCCAGUGCUGUGGAGCUGAACUGUGGAUAAAAGCGCAGGCAGUGACCCCGGGCUGUGCAGCUCUCCUCAUGUGAAGCGUGGUGGGACGACGUGGCUGUGAGCAGCAGGUGCCCUGUGUGCUGCAGGCAGCACGCUGUGACUGUAGCUCUGCAGGCCCUGCGGGGUCGGGAUGCACGCUCCGUGCUGUGUUUGCAGGCUCAGCCUUCCCCUGGCUUGGAUGCUUCACUUCCAGGGUAGAAAAUGCUUUCCUUCCUUAUUCAGAGCAUGCCUCGGGCGUUUUGGCCUGGGAGCUCAGCCCGUCCCACAGUUCCUCUGCCAGACGUGGGCCUGUCGGGAGAUUUUGCAGUUUAAUCAUACAAAGAAAAAUGUUAUUUGUGUUUCCCAGCAAACGUUUUCACUGUGCUAUAUCUCCUUAGUCCUUCAAUGUAUUUUUUUUUCCCUUGCUGAAUGAUAUGCUUGGCUCUUUUGCUGAAUGUGAGGAGUGAGGGUGAUGUCGUUCUGGACUGUUUCCAGCCCUAAGGUGAAUGCUAACGCUGCUCCUGGAGCUGCACGUGGGCGUGCUCACCUCUGCCUGCAUCUGGCCAGGAGGUGACAGAGGUCUUAACCUGCAGAUCACCAGGCAGAGCCUGUGGUAGGGGCAUCACUGAUGAAAUGCAGCUGCAGAAGCUGCCCGGGCUGGCAGCACAGGCUGCUCGCACCAAUCGUCGCUGCUGGAGCAUUCUUAGAAUUUUUUAACUCGGAGGAAGCGUUCUGCAGCUGCCCAGCACGGCAGGUGGGUGUGCACAAAAACCAGCUGCAGGACCACAGUGCUCCCUGUUGCAUGUAGCACUGCUGCAUGCAGCACAUUCCAGACUGCCUGGAGCAGAGAGGCGUGGUGCACGUCCCCUCCCACAGCUAUCGCCCCUUCCAUUCUUAAAUGCAUUUAAACAAUAGUUUGAAACCAUUGAAAUGCAUCCAAAGCACUUUGCAAGGCGCAGUGCCCUGAUGGCUGCUGGGGACAAGGGCUGGGGGCUGGCAGCUGGGAUGCGCUAUCACCUGCAGCUGCACCAACAGUGAAAUAGAUAGAGAGGGCGAGGGGAGAGAAGUGGCCAGGGUGGGCUGGGGAGGGGGAAACGUGGAGAAGAGCAACAGCCCUCAGCCACGAGUUUGCUCUGCAGCUUCUCCUAGGGUGGCAGGGUUCGCUCUCCCACCAGGACCGUGGGGCCGGCCCGUUGCUGCGAUGCACGCGAGACCUCACAUUUGCACUUGCAAAAGAACUGCGCGUCCUACACGGAGCCCGCAGCGUUUCUGCAAAUCUUAAAAAAGGAACGUCUGCCUGCAGACUUCGUUUCGCUCUUUGCAGCCGUCUCACCGCAGGGGACUUCGGGCUUUGGGGUGACGGCGCAGAGCAGCCCGGAGUGCCUGCAGCUCGGUCUGCCCGCAGCCCGGCUGCACCUGCCCGCUGGCACCGGCACUGCCCGCGCGGUGGCUGCCGCAGUGCGAGCGCUGCUGGGCGCCGCACGCUCCGCUCGUCGGCCGGCACGUCCAGCGCUGGGAUGUAAGGAGCGCUUCCAAACGGGUCUGGCGAAACCGAGCCGGGAGGGAACCGGGGGAGCGCUGAGAAAAGGAGGGAAGCGGAGCGGAGCGGCGCGCUCCCGAGGCACGAGCACACCCAGGGCCACCAGCGCCGCCCGGUACCCGAGAGAGCCCCCCGUGCCCAGGUCUCUGGACAGAAAGUUGCAGAGGCCGCUCCUGGGGAAGUCCCGGACGCUGCCCAGCAUCCCGCAGUCCCCAGUGCUGAGCAGGAUUCCCCUCCUCGACUCCGCGGCGUUCCGGGAGGCGAUGCCGGAGCAGAAGCCGUACCAGAAGCACUCAGCCCCCGAUGGCCAGAAGGGCUGCACGGUCCCAUCUGCCGGGGACGCCUGGCGGCUGGAGGACGACGGCAUGGACCCCCCCGGGGAUGCCCCGCUGCAGCCGCAGCUCCGCACGGCGGUGGAGGACGCCCCGUUCAGCCACUUCCGCAUGCGCUCCUUCUACAUGCGGAAGAGCCUCUCUGUUGACAACCACUUGGGCUCGCUGGGCUACGCCGUGCACCCCUCCGAGACCAAGGCUGAGCGUGUCCGGACCCGGCUACGGCGGCAAUUUAGCCUGGGGUCGGCAGACAAGAAAGACUUCUACCAGCACAAGUCGGAAAGCAGCCUCUCUAGGUUUGCCCACCGCUUGUCGGUGAAGCAGAAGCAGGAGAAGAGAAGGAAAGCUGAGUAUGGCUCGGCCGAGCUGUCUGCCUUCCGGCCCAGGUCUCUGAGCAUUGAAUGGUCAUCGUCCCCUAAAAUGACGCAGCAGAUGCGGGACUUGCAGCUGGCACAGGCCAGGAAGCCGCCGGGCCCGUCCUCGCCGAACGCGGCCAAAAGGCUGUACCGAAACCUCUCGGGGAAGUUCCGCGUCAACUACACGUCCUUCGACGAGGGCAGCCUGGCGGGACGGGGCGAGAAGGAGAAGCUCCGCAAGUCCUACCUGUUCCAGAGCAAUGCUGCUCUCUUCGAGGCCGUGGAGCUGCAGGACCUGGACAGGGUGCAGGAGCUGCUGAAGCAGUACAGCCCCGAGGAGCUGGACCUCAACACUCCCAACAGCGAGGGGCUGCUGCCCCUGGACAUCGCCAUCAUGACCAACAACGCGCCCAUCGCCAGGGCCCUGCUGCAGGCGGGAGCGAAGGAGAGCCCGCACUUCGUCAGCCUGGAGAGCCGCUCGCUGCACCUCUCCACGCUGGUGCGGGAAGCGGAGCAGCGCGUCAAUGAGCUGACGGCGCAGGUGGUGAACGAGGCGCCCAACGCCGACUGCUCGGAGAAGGAGAAGCAGCUAAAGGCCUGGGAGUGGCGGUUCCGGCUGUACAAGCGCAUGAAGGCAGGGUUUGAGCACGCCCGAGUGCCAGACCCCCCCGCCAAUGUCCACCUUUCGGUGGCCAGCAGCUCCUCGGUGCAGGUGACCUUCUGUGAGCCCCUCAGUGCCAACUCGGCCGUCGUCACCAAGUACAAGGUGGAGUGGAGCUGCUCCCCCUCCUUCUCGCCGCUGAUCGGGGAGGCCGUGGUGGACAAGCUGAAGAGCCUACACUACACCAUCCGCGGGCUGACCUCGGGCACAGCUUACUAUGUCCAAGUGUCUGCCUACAACAUGAAGGGCUGGGGGCCCCCACAAGCCUCAGUGCCCCCAUUUGCCAUCCCUUCCAACUGGCGGGAGUAUGAUGGCCGGGCUCCACGACGGAGGGGCCAGGCUGAAGCUCUGGACCAUCUGCUGGGCCAGGUGAAGACCGUCCACCAGCACUGCAUUUGCCAUGAGCCCUGCAAGAACCAGCCCCAGAGCAGGAAGCACUCAGUCUCCAGGAGCCUCAAGCACCUCUUCCACCCUGGCAGCAAGUUCCUCAAGACACUGAAGCGGGGCCUCUACCUAACAGCCAUCUUCUACAAGGACGACAACAUCCUGGUGACCCACGAAGACCAGAUACCGGUGGUGGAGAUCGAUGACACCUACUCCUGCCUGCUCAUGCAGGACUUUCUGUGGUUCACCAAGGUGUCGUGCAUGUGGGACGAGAUCCUGUGGCUGCGGCAGUGCGUCACCGUCUCCCAGUCGUCCUGCUCCUGCGUCCUACAGACGCGCUUCAAGAUGCUGCUGGCCAUCUCACAAAUGCAGGGGCUGCUGGGCAUCCAGGACCUGGGGCAGGUCUUCUUUGAGCCCAUCAAAGACAAGCAGGGCAACAUCCUCAUCGUCACCCUGAAGGAGGUGAAGACCAACCAGACCUUCGAGAGCGUGCGCUGGGUGCCCAUCUGCAAGCUGCAGACGAGCCGCAAGUCUGUGUCUUCCCCGGAGGAGCCCACUGCCCUGGACACGCUGCUCAUCUCCAUGCAGGACAAGCUGGCUUACCACCAGCGGAGCAGCCAUGCCCUCCCUCCGGGCCUCUACCUGGGCUACCUGAAGCUCUGCAGUGCUGUGGACCAGAUCCGGGUGCUGGUGCCGGAGCAGCUCCCCAACAUCCUGUGCCAUGUGAAGAUCCGCUCCAACCCCAACAUCUCCAGGGAGGAGUGGGAAUGGCUGCAGAAGAUGGCCAGCAUGGAGGAGCCGGUUCCUGUGGAGUCCAAGAAUGAGACAUCGCCAAACCACUUGUUUCAGGAGCUCCAGGUGGCCAUCAAGGAGCUGAUGGCCCUGGUCAACAUCCCAUUGCAAGAGGCAAAAGAUUUCCGUCUGUACAGCCAAGAGGUGCUUGACUUCGGGGGUCAGGUCUCCUUCUUGCUGCUGCUGCCUCCCUCAGAUGACGUCUGCACGGCACCGGGCCAGAACAACCCCUACACCCCACAGUCUGGCUUCCUCACGCUGCCGCUGCAGAUAUUCGAGCUUGUGCACUUCUUCACGUACGACCGGGAGUUCAUCACACAGUACUGCCAGGUGUCCGCCCUCCUGGAGCUGGAGUCCCUCCUCUCGCAGCAGAGCCUCAGGGAAGCCUUCUCCGACAGCGAGCUUUCCACCGCCAAGCAGCGGCACCAGCAGGUUCAGGAGUACAUCCAGCAAAUGGAGGAGAUCUGGCGUGAGAUGCGCUGGAUGAUGGAUGCCCUGCAGCAUGCCCGCUACAAGCAGCCCUCCUGUGGCGUGUCCCUCAGCGGCUUCCUCAGCACCUCCAGCAGCGCCGUGAAGGAGAAGACCCGCUCCUCCUCGUCCCACCUCGACUUCCUUCCCUCCCCAGCACCCUCACCAGACAGCAGUCGUAAGCUCAGCUCCGACCUGCACGGGCUGUCAGAUGAGGAGGGCUCCUCCGAGGUGUUCCUGGCCACCGACAGCGACUACGACUCCAGCAGGGCACAGAGCCCCAAGGAGCUCGACCUGGUGUCCUCGGGGCCCGAGUGCUGCGGGCGGCGGGCGGCGCGCAGCCUGCGGGACAGUGCCCCCGACGUCCUGCAGAGCCACGAGCUGCAGCCCGCACCGCUGGCCCCGCCGGAGCCCCGGCCGCCCCCUGAGCUCUACGACAGCGACUUCGUGCUGCCCAGCCGGCAGAUCGAGCUGCUGCGCGUCACGGAGAAGCGGCAGGCCUACUGCGUGCGGACCAGCAGCCUGGACUUCCCCAAGCCGCUCUGCCCCGUGGCCAGGAAGUCGUGUCCCGGCUCCGUCGACAGCUCCCCGACAGAGAGCAGGACCGGCAGGCAUGGCGGCCAGGGCAGGCCAGGGACUGGCUCCACGCACAGCCCCGAGCGCGGCCGCACACGCUCGGCUGAGUGGACUCCGAGCUUCCAGGAGCCGCCGGAGCAGCCUGGCGGGAAGAAGCCGGGCUCUGUCACCUUGCGGGUCUGCCCUCAGUACGAAACCGGACUCUCCAAAGAGACCAGUGUCAAGGUACCGGCGCCCACUGAGGGCAGCGGUGUGGCUGUGCUGUGCCCAGGCAGGACGGGGGAGGCCGGCACCACGGGCCCGUGUGGCCCUCUCCUGGCUCUGCCCUCUGCCAUCCCUCUGCCGUGCCGGGGCUGCCCCGGCUGCUGCCCAGGCUCCUGUCCAUCCCUGCUGCAGGGUGGGGGUCACACUGCUGAGAGUCUGGCCCGGGCUGUAAGGGCUCUGAGGGGGGAAGGCCGCGGGGUGGUGCCACGCAGGGCAGGCAGCCUGGGCUCCGCGGCCUCUGCUCCUCUCCCUCCGUCCGUGUGCGUGUGCCCUCAGAGGGGCAGGAAGGGCUGUGUCCCACCGCAGAGCUCUGCCCCGCUCGGUUCCCUGCAGGCAGAGGGGCGGACGGGAGCUCUGGUAGCCGAGUUCUCUUCACCCAGCGGGGAUGGUAGAAGCAGAGGGAAAGCUGACUCGCGGUAUUUAUUUUCCAUUUGAGAAAGCACCAUAGAUUUCUAUGCAACUGAAGCGCAGCCCCGGGUUCCUGGCGGGCUGCCCACGUGGCGUUUGAAGUUGCAGAGCUCAGGACACGCCUGCUUGACAGCGUUUUACGAUGUUCUCCUCGAAGAACCGAGUUCAAAGGAGAGGCUCCUGGCUGGCAUAAAUCAGCAGAGCCCCGCGAUGAGCGCUCGGAGCCGCGGGGUUCAUGUGGGCCGAGGGCCGGGACCACCCGGCCGGGCACCGCUCCGCGGCCCUCGGGGAUGUGCCGAGGGAUCCGCAGCCUGGUGCAGGCGGUCUGCCCCGGUCCCCCCUCACCGUCCGUCUCCCACCUCUGUCUUUCCGCAGCUGCACGUCACCAGCCAGACGUCGGCCGGCGAGGUGGUGAAGCUGGUGGUGCUGCAGAUGAACGACGUCUCCCACGGCGCGCUGGGCGGCUCGGCCGCCUUCUGCUACGGCGAGGAGCAGCUGGAGCACUUCGGACUGGUGUU